UCAGGAGCCUUACCCUUGGGGGGCACACACCCCAUAACGGUUUAGGAGCCUUACCCUUGGGGGGCCGGGGCAGACUCUCAGAGCCACUCCUUCCUGUUUCCCGUUAAGCACAUGGACGCUCCGACCUCCCUCCGGGAGUGGGCACAGUGCGCCCGUCAGAAGGAAAAGAGGCAAGACCCUCCUCUCUCCUCCCUCUCCGGCCAUGGACCCGUCCAGGCCACGGGUAAAGAAACAGAGACGGAGACCUGAAGUGACUCGCUGUGGUUACAGAAGGCCACACAGGAGCUAGUGCCCACACAGGCACGCCACCAAGCUGUGACCACACCCACCUCGCCCUCAGCACCUCUGGGCACCCAUGUACCAACAAGAACACAGAUUCCCAUCAGCUCAGAAAUUGCACCUGCUGACCUAGAAAUCCCGGCCGGAGACUCCAAGGGUGAAAGACAGCAGCACAGCCAGUUACACCAUGUCUGUGACCAGCGGGAAGGCGGGACUGUCUCUGACCCAGGAAAUCCUCAGCUACCUGGGCCUUGCCAACAAGACGGCAGCUUGGGGGACCCUGGGUACGCUGAGGACCUUCUUGAGCUUCAGUGUGGAAAAGGACGUGCAGAGGCUGCUGAGGGCCAUUGCAGGCCAAGGUGUAGAUCGCAACGCCAUUAUGGACGUGCUGACCAAUCGGAGCAGAGAGCAAAGGCAGGUCAUCUCCCGAGCCUUCCGGGAGCGUACCAAACAGGAUCUGCUGACGUCGCUGCAGGCAGCAGUCUCCGGCAACCUCGAGAGGCUCGUGGUGGCCCUGUUGAAGCCAGCAGCCCAUUUCGAUGCCCAGGAGUUGAGGACAGCUUUGAAGGACUCAGGUUCUGCUGAGGACGUGGCCGUGGAGAUUCUUGCUACCCGUGCCCCACCCCAGCUGCAAGAGUGCCUGGCAGUCUACAAACACGAUUUCCAGGUGGAAGCUGAGGAGGACAUCAAAUCUGAGACGAGUGGCACCGUGCAGGAUCUCCUGCUGGCCCUGGCCAAAGGGGGCCGUGAGAGCUACUCUGAAGUCAUUGACUAUCACCUGGCCGAAGAGGACGUCCAGGCACUGAAGCAGGCUGAGGGACCCGGCACAGAGGGGACAUGGGUCCUUAUCCUCACCCAGCGAAAUCCUGAACACCUCCUCCGAGUGUUUGAGCAGUACCAGCGACGCACCGGGCAUGAGUUGGAGCAGACUGUCCAGAACCGUUUCCACGGAGAUGCCCAGAUGGCUCUGCUCAGCCUAGCCUCGGUGAUCAGGAACACACCGCUGUACUUUGCUGAGAAACUUCAUCAAGCCCUCCAGGAAGCUGAGCCCAACUACCACGUCCUGAUGCGUAUCCUUAUUUCUAGAAGUGAGACUGACCUUCUAAGCAUCCGAGCUGAGUUCAGAAGGAAAUUUGGGAAGUCCCUCUACUCUGCCCUCCAGGAUGCAGUGAAAGGGGACUGCCGGUUAGCCCUACUUGCCCUGUGCAGGGCUGAAGACCUGUGAGACCUCCCUGCCACCAUCCUACAUGACAUUCAAGGAUCUGAGCGUCCCAUGUGUGGCUGAGCCUGCAGGAGACCAGCUGGGCCUGCAAAUAGGAUAACCCCUCACUGAGCACAUGUUCCAGCUUCUUGUUGAGGCUGGAACUCGAAGUUUUCUUUUAAAUCUCUUAAUGUCCCUCAUCUCCAAGUGAUGUCUGGUACCUGGGUCCCCUCACUCUGUCUUGGGUGUGGGUUCAUGGGAUCUCUCCUUGACGGUCUCUGCCCGACUCAUCCUUCCUGAGCCCUGGGCAGAACAUCUCACUGAUACUUGAAUUCUUUUGGCUAACUUCACAGUUGUUUUGUGUUCCCUGAUUGAUGUUUGGGUGGAACAGGACGUGGGCUGGGAGGAGGCCAUGAAAUUGGAGGUGCCUUUGAUGUGUGCUUGGAUAUUCAACGGGGAAUCCUGUUUGGGGCUCUAGUGCCGCAGUUAUCAACAAUCCCUCUCCUCUGGGAAUCUCCACCCUCCCUUUGACCCCAUUAUUCUCUCUUCCCCAGGAAACUUUAGGCAAAAUAAUUAAGAAACAGAAACCAGGACAUGGUCAGAGGUGGCAAAGGACCAUGCCUUGGAAACCCACCUCCAAAUGAGAGGACUAGUUCCCAAAGACUUAUCCAGAACAUAAAAACAACCAAAAAAGGAAAAAGCGGGCUUUGGUUCCCCCUGCUGGCUCUAUUCGAAAUGACAGCCAACCCCUUCACACCU